CAGGUAGGCGCUUGCGUCAUCCAGGGUGGGGUAGAACAAGUCUGGUUCUCUGGUUGGUCUGCGAAACAAGACGGUAGUCAGCCGAUUCCGAACGGGUCGUGGAUUUACGUUCGAUUAUCGAAAUGUGUGGGCUAUUUGGGGACGUCACGUCGGUCUAGCAUUACCCAGUUCUUGUUAUUUACCUUAAGUUGCGAUAUAAACCUUGUGAGUGAUUGAACACCAGCGCAAUAAACUGAUAUUCGUAUUUGGUGCAUUGGACGUGGACUGUCAACAAAUAUAAGUUUAAUAGACAAAACCAAUUCUAACCUCAACGCUUCAAACUACGUGAUUUUUAAUGAGGUUUUAGUGGUAUGUUGUUAGUUUCUUAAGUGUGUGUUGAUGUUGAUCGAUGUCAUAGUUUAACAACGUUGAAACAGCCGGCGAAUGUGUUUUUGUUUGCAUUUUUCAAUCCAGAAGCAGUGUUGAAAAGUUAUCUUUUAGGCGCAUGCCAUGUGCUUUCACGUCCAAAGAGUGCGAUAAACGAAAAGAAGUCUACUUACUAGUGGCCAAAUGACGUGAAAGUGUGGCCAUGGGUGCCGCCACCAUGAUGCGGUCGUCGCUGGUAACGUAUUGCUUGGUGGUGGCAGCAAUCAUCGCAAAUGUGGUCGCUGUCGCCUCGCCAACGGAUAUUAUUCGAAGCUUUUCCGAUAAAGAUUAUGGAACCACAUUUAACCACCUGGUCGUUGACAAGAAUACCGGAAGAGUUUACGUUGGAGCUGUGAAUAGAUUAUACCAACUAUCACCUGAUUUGGAGCUUGUAGUGUCGGAGCAAACUGGGCCUAAGAUGGAUUCAGAUGAUUGUUCAGUAUUGGAAUGUCAUAACACUAAGAACAAGAAGCUCACUGAUAAUGUGAACAAAGCAUUGGUGAUCGACUACACCACAACCCGACUGAUUGCUUGCGGCAGCUUGUUUCAAGGUAUUUGCACAGUGCGAAAUCUGCAAAAUAUUUCGGAUGGAGCGAUAGAAAUUCGGGAAGCUGUAGUACCCAACAACGCAACAGCUUCAACAGUUGCAUUUAUAGCACCUGGACCUCCACAUCCGCCAGUGUCUCAAGUAAUGUAUGUGGGUGUGACAUUUACACUGGGCUCGUACCGCUCAGAAGUUCCAGCAGUGAGUUCAAGAUCGUUAGACAAAGACAAGAUGUUUGCAAUCGCUCAAACCGCAGUGACUACUGGGACCAGAAUGUUCGUCAAUUCUUUAGCUAGAGAACGUUAUCCAAUAACGUACGUUUACGGUUUUGCGUCGGGUGGUUUUAGUUACUUUCUUACAACGCAAAUGCAACACACAUCAUAUAGUCAAUUUAUCAGUAAGCUGGUACGAGUCUGUCAUGAUGACGAAAAUUAUUACUCGUAUACGGAAAUUCCAAUUAAUUGUACCACUGAAGGUAGAAACUAUAGUCUGGUUCAAGCAGCUUACGUCGGUAAAGCGGGAUCAGAUUUGGCAUCUGACUUGGGCAUUACUGCACAAGAUGACGUGCUAUUUGCGGUAUUUAGUGAAAGUGAUAAAAUUGUUAUGAACAAACCCUCAAAUUUCUCAGCCUUGUGCGUCUACUCCCUUAAGGCGAUUAGAAGAAAAUUCAUGGAGAACAUUAAGACCUGUUUCAGUGGAAAAGGACAGCGAGGACUGGAUUUCAUAUCUCCUAGUCAUGCAUGUGUGUUAACGAAACUGUCAUCAAUUGGGGAGGACUUUUGUGGACUAGACGUCAAUACGCCAUUAGGAGGAGAGGAAGCUGUUCCUGCAGUUCCAGUUCUUGUUUUCAACACUAGAUUAACCGCUGUUGUAGCUACUUCAACCGGCGAUUUUACUGUUGUUUUUAUUGGCACCAGCACCGGCCAUUUGAAGAAGGUUGUCGUAGAAUCUGAAAAGUCCGGUCUCGAAUACGGUGACAUAAUUGUUGAAGAGGGUUCCCCGGUAAAUCAAGAUCUCCAUUUUGAUUCGCAACUAAUGCACCUAUAUGUGAUGACUGAAAAGAAGGUUUCGAAAGUCAAAGUACAAGAGUGCACUGUUUACAAGAACUGCAUGGAUUGUCUGGGUGUAAAAGACCCAUAUUGCGGAUGGUGUUCAUUAGAAAACAAGUGUAGCCUUAGAUCAGAUUGCCAAGACGCUGCCAAAGAUCCCCUCUAUUGGAUCAGUUACAAAAGCGGUCGUUGUACGACUAUUACCUCUGUCAUUCCAAAUCAAUUACAAAGAACAACAGCUAGGACACUGGAUUUAGUAAUAGAUAAUUUACCAAGUCUUAGUGGCCAUUUCUUAUGUGCUUUCACUGCCCUAGAUAAGACUUUAGUAACCAAUGCUACAAGAAAAGGAUCUGGUGUUAAUUGUACUACACCUAGAACAGAUUCACUUCCGUCCAUACCGCCCGGUCAACACCACUUUACGGCAAAAUUAUCAGUUAGAAUGACUUCAGGUCCAGAUUUUGUUGCGACAAACUUCACAUUCUUCGAUUGCAAUACUUACAGCUCUUGUACUCAAUGUGUAUCGUCUUCUUUUCCAUGUGACUGGUGCGUUGAUGGUCAUAGGUGCACUCAUGACACAGCCGAAAAUUGUCGAAACGAUAUUUUAGUGACUGGAGUCAGUAGAGCGGGUCCCAGUUACCGAUCCGGACCGGCCUUUUGUCCAACAAUCAAUUCCACGGUAGAAAAUACUCCGGAAAUUCUUGUGGCAUCUGGUAUUAAAAAGGCCAUCAAAGUUAAAGUCCACAUCAUCGGGCAGUUCAUCGUCCAAACUAGAUUUGUUUGUCAAUUUAACAUUGAAGGUCGAGUUACCAGUGUCAACGCUCAGCUAUUAGGUGAUACGAUUUACUGCGAUUCUAUGGAAUUUUCUUAUUCUUCACGUGCCCCUAAUAUAACUGCCACCUUUGCUGUUAUUUGGGGCGGCUCGAAACCUCUGGACAAUCCUGACAACAUUCACAUUGUAAUAUACCGUUGUCAUGAUAUGGCCGAUAAUUGUGGUAUAUGUUUGGCUCUUUCCGAAAAAUAUGAAUGUGGCUGGUGUCAGAGUUCUGAUAGAUGUGAAGUGAAAGAACAAUGCGAACGGGGAUCUGCAGUCUGGUUGAACAGAAGCCAAACUUGUCCCAAUCCAGAAGUAACAUCUUUUAGUCCAGAACUCGGUCCGUGGGAAGGUGGAACAAAUAUCACUAUCCAAGGAAUUAAUUUAGGAAAAACAUUCCAAGACAUUUAUACUGGAGUUAGCAUAGCGGGAAUCAAUUGCCAACCAUAUGAACAUUUAUAUAUCAAAACUAAACAAAUCGUGUGCAUAGUGGAUGGUCCUGGAACUAAAGAACCACGACAAGGACCCGUCACCGUUAAAGUUGAAGACUACAGGGGAGAAUCUAAGACUCAUUUUAGGUUUGUUGAUCCGUCAGUUAUCGGUAUAUCACCGCGAUAUGGUCCAAAGUCUGGAGGAACGGCCCUUCAAAUUACUGGAGAAUACAUGAACGCAGGAAGCAACAUUCAAGCGUUUCUUGAAGAUUUGCCGUGCAAAAUUGUAUCAACGGAACAAAACCAAGCCUUAUGUAUUACAAGCGCUUCCAACACAACAUCAAGGAAAAAAUUGCGAAUGAAGUUUGACAAAGGUGAUCGAUAUUUGGAAAACACCAUGUUUGAAUAUGUCGAUGACCCUGUUAUCGAAUCAGCCGAGUCCGGGUCUCCAACUGGACAAAUUAAGUUUCCCAAAGGAAUUCCUGCGGGUGGAAUCAAAAUUUCGGUUACUGGUAGGAACCUGGCCUACAUUCAAAAACCGCAAAUGUAUGUCUUCUAUGCGCAGAAAAUGUUUAUCAGUGAAUGUGCUGUGCUAAGCAAUACAAGCAUGAUCUGUAUGAGUCCAGUUAUAGAUGAAGUCGAAGACUCUAAAUUGGAUGCCGACAAUCCUUUAAAGUUGGAAUAUGGUUUUCGCAUGGAUAAUGUGACUGGAGUGCAAAACUUAACUCAGUCGAAAAAGGAAUUCAAUCCUUUCUUACUAUAUCCCAAUCCUACAUUCAAUCCUUUCGAUAAAGAAGUUAAAUAUUACAAAUCAGACUACUUGAAUAUCAACGGUCAAAACAUUGACCGGGCCUGCCAAGAAUCAGAUGUAGAAGUAAGAAUCGGAACCAGUUAUUGUAAUGUAACGUCAUUAUCGCGACAGCAAUUAACAUGCAGACCACCUGAAGCACAACCUCCUGGAGUAGACGGUCAGACUGGUCAGCCUAAUGGGGAGGCCUUGCCUGAAGUUGUGGUGAUAGUUGGAGGAUCUUUAAGAUACAAUAUUGGCCACUUAUCGUAUUCGUCGCCACAAAGCUUAAAUGGCACGUUCACCAAACCAGCGUUAUAUGGGGCAAUUGGUAUCGCUGUAGUUAUUUUGGUCUCUUUCGUUUUGUUCUUGAUUGCGUACCGAAGAAAAUCUACCGAGAACAACAGAGUUUUGAAAAAUAUGCAAGAACAGAUGGAUAUUUUGGAACUUCGAGUGGCAGCAGAAUGUAAAGAGGCGUUUGCUGAGUUGCAAACAGAAAUGACUGACUUGACGAGCGAUCUUACAUCUGGGGGUAUUCCUUUCUUAGACUAUAGGACAUACGCAAUGAAAAUUUUAUUUCCCAACGAGGAGGAUCAUGUGGUACUCCAAUGGGAUCGACCAGAACUUCUUUGCAAAGACAAGGGUCUUCGACUGUUUGGUCAGCUCAUUAUGAACAAAACAUUCUUACUUUUGUUUAUUAGAACCUUAGAAAGCAACCGAUACUUUUCUAUGAGAGACAGAGUAAAUGUAGCAAGUCUUAUAAUGGUUACGUUACAAAGUAAAAUGGAGUACUGUACAGAUAUUUUAAAAACCCUUCUCGCGGAACUGAUAGAGAAAUGCAUGGAAGGUAAAAGUCAUCCGAAAUUGCUCCUAAGACGAACAGAAAGCGUAGCGGAGAAAAUGCUUAGUGCUUGGUUCACAUUUCUUUUAUACAAAUUUUUGCGGGAAUGUGCAGGAGAACCUCUAUUUAUGUUGUUUCGAGCUGUUAAGCAGCAGGUCGACAAAGGUCCUGUAGAUGCUAUUACCUCGGAAGCAAGAUACUCUCUCAGCGAAGAAAAACUCAUCCGACAAUCAAUAGAUUUUAGACCAAUGACUGUAUAUGUUUCCAUAUCUCAACAAGCUUUUGUGGGUGGUUUGGAUAUUAAUACAGAUAAUGUAGCCGUGAAGGUUUUAGAUUGUGACACAAUUAGUCAAGUUAAAGAAAAAUGUCUAGAUACUAUAUACAGAGCUACACCCUAUUCCCAGCGACCGAGAAAGGAAGAUCUUGAUUUAGAAUGGCGAACAGGUACCGCCGGACGGUUAAUACUGUAUGAUAAAGAUAGUACAACCAAGCUAGAAGCCGAAUGGGAAAGAAGAAAUACACUACAGCACUAUAAAGUACCUGACGGCGGAUAUCUUAAUCUAGUAUCUAAACAAAGUUCAAUCUACAAUUUAAGUAUUUUCUCUGAUAAGAACGAUAAGACUCACAAAUAUGAAACUCUUAAUUUAAACAAACUGAGUUCUGUGAGCCCGCCUCUGAGUAGAGCAACUAGUCCUUUGAAUCAUGAUCACGAUCAAAGAUUGAAAGUUUGGCAUUUAGUGAAGCAUCAUGAUAAUGAUAACCAUAAAGAAGGAGAGAGAGGAAAUAAGAUGGUUUCAGAGAUAUAUUUAACAAGGCUUCUUGCCACGAAGGGUACCCUACAAAAAUUUGUGGAUGAUUUAUUCGAAACUAUUUUUAGUACAGCACACCGUGGCUCAGCGUUACCUCUUGCCAUAAAAUAUAUGUUCGAUUUCCUCGAUGACCAAGCUCUACAGCAUGGGAUCUCUGAUCCCGAAGUAGUGCACACGUGGAAGAGCAAUUCUUUACCACUUAGAUUUUGGGUUAAUCUAAUUAAAAAUCCUAAUUUUGUGUUUGAUAUCCAUAAGUCAAAUAUAGUAGAUGCUUGCCUAUCUGUAGUUGCUCAAACUUUCAUGGAUUCAUGUUCCACUUCAGACCAUAGAUUAGGAAAAGACUCGCCUAGUUCUAAGUUACUUUACGCCAAGGACAUUCCGUGUUACAAGGAUUGGGUCGAACGGUACUACUCAGAUAUCAAAAUGAUGCCAGCCAUUUCAGACCAAGAUAUGAAUGCUAUGUUAGCAGAAGACUCAAGACUUCAUACCACAGAAUUUAAUACAAAUUGUGCAUUAAACGAACUUUAUACAUAUGCUAUGAAGUACAACGAACAACUAACCGUCACUCUGGAGGAAGACGAAUUUUCUCAGAGGCAGCGCUUAGCUUGGAAGCUAGAGCAGGCACAUAAAAUAAUGAAUGAGGCUGAGCAACCAUGAUAUUGGCCUGACCUGACGUGCCAGUCAGCGGAGAUUGAUUUGAUGUGUUCAUCAGAUGACACUUUGCCUAUACAUUCAACUAUAGAUGACGGUGUUGAUCUAAUGAGGCCAUCAGCCCCGCCCCUGUCACCAGCACUUCAGGAAUUAGCUUGCUGAUAAACGAUAGAAGCGAAAUUAGUCCCCUGCCUUCCAACAAGCUCUUUGUCAUUGACUUCACACAAUCAUACAUCUAUCAAGCUAGUUUGGUUGGUUAAGGCUUCCUUAAAACACUUUUGUACAUUGUUGGAUCUAAAUAACUACGAGUUUACACAAUUACGCAUCUUAAAUAACUUUUUCAAGAAACAAUGGCGGCUAGAGGUGCUCCCUCUGAUCUUUUACAGAUUAUGUCGCAUAAGUGAUCCGCCCGUAAAAAUUCAAUGUUUUCACAAAGUAGUUAUCAAUAUUUAGGAUCGCAAGUUUAAGCAGUUGUUAAUUUGAAAAGCUCAAGGUAAACAUUAAAAAAAUUGAAACGUGAAGAAUUUGAAGAAAUUUUUACAAUAUCCUUUACAUCAAGUCGAAGCACCUAUGAAAGUGUUUUAAUACGUUUCUCGUUUUGUUAUUCUUAUUGACAGCACCAUAACCAUUUCACUUUUACAAUACCAGCAGUUGUGACAAACGAGUGGCUUAGAAGGGGUUGGACUAAGUAAUACAUAUCCCUACGAACUAUUAAUUCUCUGUGUGUUACGAAAUUGCUGUUGUGCAAUUAUAAUUGUUCUGUGUAUAUGAGGGGGCAGUACUCACUCAAGUAACUCGGAAGUGCCUCUAGUAGAUUGAGUGGGAUUGUCUCCAAAAAUCAAUGUACUAUAUUUUUAUGAUAGCAGUACUAGAAUUUUUAUGCUUUGUUGUGCUGAUCGUCAGCCUUAGUCCAUACUUUCGAUUAUUAUAAUAUCAAAUCAUAAUAUUGCUUUUUUAUAUGUGUAUUAUUUAUAUACCUUUAUACAAUUUAUAAUGUUUUUAUAUUUUAGUUGGAAGCUUGUACCCUAUUUCUACUACAAAUGUUUUCUUUGAAAUAAUUAUAAACAGUUCUUGAAUUUUCAAGCUAUCGUUUCCUAAUGCGUAUGAUGUAUUGAUGUCAUAUAGUCGAUUAUAAAAAUGGUAGAAUUAAGGUACACCACUCGAAUGCAAUCAUUCUUGAUUGUCUUCCGAAACGAGGAAGUACCAGGGUGUAGUAUUACUUGCGACCUUUCAAUCAUUUAAUGUCAAAAGUUUAUACAUAUGAAUGCUUCUUUUUUAAUGGACUGCUUUGUGUUUAUCGACAUAUACCCGAAACUUACAAUUAAAACACGUAUCUUCACUAUACUUUUAUCCGUUCGUCCGCGAUUAAAUUUAAUUCUUAAUAGAACAUUUCGAAAACCUCAUGCCAUAAAUGACUAAAUCUACUACGAAAGUCCAUUGCUAAUGAAGCAAUACUAUGCACGGGUCGAUUUUAAUGUGUUUUGUGUAUGUAUCAUAAGGCUGUGUAAGUUAAUGUGUAACAACCAGCAUAGUACAUUUCUUAACAGAAAAUACUCGUAAAUAUGUGUCUAUAACCUCUGUACCUACUAUAAAGGCUUUUUACACUAUAAAGUAAUGAUAAUAAUCAUGUUGUGCAUUUUCUGUGUGGAAAUGUAUUGAUAUAUAUGUAAGAGUUGGGCCGCACCAAGUUUUGAGGAUUUUUACUACCUAAAGCUAGAUUUGGUUUUAAGAACAAAUCGGUUGGGUUUUGCGCAACAUCUUGAUAAUUUAAAUCAGAUCUGCCAUACCGCCAAAUUUGUAAAUUUGCUAUUUUUCUAACACGUAUAAUUUCAUUGCGUUCCUUUAUGAUUGUUUGAUGGUUCCAUUGUGUCUCGUUUUAACCAUGCAACCUAUUUUUCUCAUACCCUGAAUGUGAGUGCUCGAAAUGUAAAUUUAAACAGCCUUUGAAAUAAUGAAAACGCUGGAUUAUUUCUAUUGUACUAUUGCUGAAUGUUUCUGAAAUAAAUUUGUUUCGGGCAAUUAAUUCAAUUCUAUUUUUACUUUUCAACCAGAUAAUUCAAUGGCAAAAAAAUUAUAGACUGAUUCAACCACAAAAUUUUUCCCUGAAAAUAAUUUUUUACUAUCAUUUUAUCAUUGUUAUACCGCGGUUGCAAAGGUUGCAAAUGGUCUAAGUCGUUAUUUCUGAUUGAAUUAAUUGAACUGGAACUGGUUAGUGAGUAGUGCUACCUAGUUUCGGAUUGAAUGGUCAUACAGAAAUAAAUAAAUUAGAUUCGUGUCAUUCUAGCACUUCCUUAGUGUUAAAAACCAAUAGGCAUUUUUUAAUGUUUACGUAGCGUCUAAGACAAUUUGAUAACAUUCCUUUUUAGUGAGAGUGUAUUGUGUAUACUAAACUUAAUUUCUAUUUGGUUACCUGUGAAUGAAUGGACUCUCUUGGCAGCUUUCUAAAUUAAUAAUUUCAGAAGAAACAUUCAGUAAUUUUAAUCAGGAAUGCAUUUUGUUUCUACCAACCAAAACAAUUACGUUCAUCAAUUAGACGGAACAAGAUAGUGGCAAUAAUUUUGAAUGCGAAUUAUUAGGGACAGUUUUAACAAAUUCUACAUUAAUUAUUGAGGGAACAAAAAAAUCGAAUGAUAUUCCUACGUGUUUCAUCUCUAAGAAAUUUUAAUAUAUUAGAAAUUGAAUUUAAAUUUAUGAGCAUCAUUCCUAAAAGACAUUGUUUUUGCUUUCCAAAUACGUAAAAGCAGCUGCGCAUAUCAUGUUCACAUAGGUACUACCGUUUUCUUUUUACUCAUGUAAAUGUUUUAUCGUUUUAUUUAAGUACUGUAUAUACAAUUUUUAUGCCAAAAAAUGCUUCUGGACAACUGCAUAGUAAGAAUUGUAAAUACUAAAUGUAUGUAAGUAUGGUUUGAUGAAUGAAAGAUACUGAAUUUUAUGUACGCAUCCAUCGAUAUAUUCAUAGUAAUAUGUGAAUAUCUGAUUGCAUCUGCAAUAAUAUGAAUGGUAAUGUAAUACUAUAUGUUAUUUUAAAAGACUGAAUGGAGUUACUAAACUACUUAAUAGAAAAAAUUA